AUGUCUGUGGCUGAACCCACGCCUCGCAUCGAGACGCGCGACGAAGGCAACGGCGUGCAGACCGUGGUUGAGUACCGCACUAAUGCCGACGGCAAGCAGGUCAAGGUUACGCGCCGCAUUAAGCGCACGCUCGUCUCCACGCGCGUGAACCACGACGUGGCGGAGCGCAAGAGCUGGACCAAGUUUGGCCUCGAGAAGAGUGCUGCGCCCGGCCCCCACGGUGGCACCACGUCGAUCGGUGCGAAUGUGCAGGUGAAGCUCAUGGCCGGUGGAACUAAGGAGCCCGAGCAGGACCCUACCGAUGCCAUGCGCGAGAAGCUGGCCAACAAGCGUGUCCAGUGUCGUUUGUGCAAGGGCGACCAUUACACGGCGCGCUGCCCGUACCGCGACACGCUUGAGGCGAUCCCUGGUGCGGGUGGCGAGGCGCCCGAGGGCGACGCGGCGACUGCCGCGCUCGCUGGCGGCGACCCCUCCGCCCCGGCCAAGAUCAACCCUGCCGCUGCUGCGCUGGGCGCGGCCGGCCUUGGGCCGGGCAAAUACAAGCCGCCGAGCCUGCGGUCGGGUGCUGUGCCGAUGACGAUGGGCGGACCUACGCAGCGCGACGACUCGUCGACGCUGCGUGUGACGAACCUGAGCGAAGACGUGGAAGAGGAGGACCUGCGCGACCUCUUCCGGCGCUACGGUCGUGUCACGCGUAUCUACUUGGGCCGCGACCGCGAGACGGGUGCAUGCAAGGGCUUUGCAUACGUCAACUUUGAGGACCGCGCCUCGGCUGACCUGGCCCGGCAAAAGCUGGAUGGUUUCCCCUACAGCAACUUGAUUCUCAGCUGCCAGUGGUCGCAGCCGCGGGCGGACCGUCCUACGUAG